AUGUCGGAUGUGUCGAACUCCUUCUCAGCUUGGGAGACCCUGCCGGAGGACGAACCUCCGCUGUGCAUCGCAGUUCGACGCGCAGUGUCACCUCCACGCCACUAUGAGGCGAGUGCGAGAAAUACGAGUCAUGUAGAUGCUGAUGUUCUGGAGGAUGUUCACUGUGUCUUAUCGAAUAAGGAGUUUUCACCUGCUACGAGACUCGCCGCAGCCAAGGUCUUGGUACAUGCUCAAAACAUCCAUGGAGGAGACGAAGUUACUUCUCGUCACCCAGGAGUUGACUGGGUAGUGCUGACAGCCAUGCUUGAAGCAGCUGACAUCGAGCAUACAGCAAAAAUUAUCAAGAUCUGGAUGGUAUGCUUCGAGAAGCGCCGUAUUUAUGAUUCCGAUGACGAGGCUAUGUUUCUUGCCACGUUGGCAAGGAUUCUAACAAAAAAGGCUGGCGAAUUGGUCACUUUCUUUGCAGAAGAAGAAAUGAAGAGCUUAAGAAGAAAUGUAUUGAUUACAUAUGUGUUAUUAGCUGAAAUGGAGCGUGGAUCGAAAUUCUUUGAAACUGCCGUUCACUUUGUUGUGAAAACAUCAUCCGAAGAGGAAAAGCACGUUCAUUUCUGCCUUGACGAACUUGCUGUCCAUCUCCGUGGUAGGUAUGGAAUUUUGAAGAUAUUCCUCCGGGAAAAUAGCCUUCCCGAGAUUGAAAAUGUAGUGGAGAAGAUCUGCAGACAGCUGAAGCAGCAGUUACACAGUCAACUGAUCACCAAUGCUGCAGCUGACCUGAUUGCAGCUCUGGUGCUACGGUUCCCUACAUCGACUGGAUUGUUGAAAUUGUUUUCAGAAAAUAUAACGCAUCAUUUGAAAUGUAUACGAUCGAACGUACUACGAUGGUUUGGACGAAUUGAUGUCACAGAAGAAAGUUGUCAAUUCUUCUUCACGCUUCGAGAUUUUCUUCGCGAAAGGUUCUUGAAUAUUGAUGAGGACCUUUGGCCGCCACACAUAUGGGAGACUGAGGAUGUGUCCUGCAUUGAUCCUCGAUGGGAUUGUGAGGAAGCCGAGGAUGUGCUCUGGGAAGCUGAUCGAGCAUUGGAUGCUUAUUUAAAUGUGUCCAGUGUACUCCAGCAACGAUUUCAUCACGAGUUGGACCAAAAUGAUAUUCUCAUCCGUGCUGGGUUGAAGUGGCACCUUCCUGAGAUACGACUCUCAUCGCUUCGUAUUUGGACAACUUGUUUAGGAAAGACAUUAGGACAGUCGGAGAACAGCCGUAUUUUAGAGGAGUUCAUAUUAAGUAAUGGCAUGAGUUCCUCAACAAAUCUGCGAAAGGCAGUAGAAACAGCGUCAAGUUCAUGCAGUAUGUCGGAGGGAGGACUAUCAAAAUGGAACAAAAUGCUCGAAACAAUGAAAAUGCAAACAAAAUUAGAUGAAGAACAGCGUGGUACUAGUUAUCUUCCUGAUGAGCUCAGUGAUACCGAGCUUUUGCCAUUGCCGGCUCCAGAACAAGCUAAGGAGCGCUUAGAAGAAUUUCUCCGGAUUUCUGGAUCUGUUGAUGCAAAGACUUGCCCAGAUUUUCCAGUGCUGUAUGAGAAUUUGAGUAAGGCAGGAUAUAAUCAAAGGGUAUUCGCCAGAUUCAUAAUUGAUCUCAUCAAUCUCAUAAUAUCUCAUGAGGAUGCGGUAACAGCUUUAGAUUUGGUCUCUGGAGCGGUAACUAGGUGUCGCUUGAAGGUGGUAGUAGAUCAAGGAUGUGCAGCUAUAGAUGAAAUUCUCUCUCAACAACACUCUGAGGAACACUUUUUCUUCUUGAUAGAGUAUCGUUAUUGCUGGGCCAUGAAUCGCUUGAUUGCAAGUAACACACAAUGUCGCACAUUACCUUUAUCUCGGAUUCUAUGGUCUGUUUGCGAGAGAUCAAGAGAUUUGUUGCAGAUCUGUUUCGAAUCAUGCCGCUCAACUCUCUCCAACUCAUUCCUGGAUUCAAAAGUACACGAACGAGUGCUUAAGACUUUGAAAUUGUUCGCAUCAAAAGCGGAUUGCAAAAUGCCAGCUGAUUUCGUGGAAUUCUUGUUUUGGCAUUGUGUGGAUGCCCAGAAACAUAGCGAAUUCCUUGUCCGAAGUGCUGCUACUAUUUUGUUCGGUUUCGUUGUCCGUUAUAUCACGAAAAGUCGCAUUGUACCGGCCUUCUUCAUUGUCUCGACGAGGGGUAAAUUCUGGCGCGAGAUGGCGAAACGGUGCUCUUCACUGUCUAAACUGCCGUCACUUCAACGGAUUCUCCUUUUGAGUUUCCUUGCUCGUCUAACUUUAGGACAUAUUCAGUGCUAUUCAGCAACCGUUAAAGAAGAAAUACAGUCUUUGAUGUCGUCGGUAACAGGCCUACUGCGGCAUACGAAAGAUAUUCGUGAGCGUCGCUUCUGUCUGGAGAUUGCAGUAGCGAUGUCGCCAACCACUGCACACAACGACGUAUUAAAACUGCUUAAACAAAGAAAUCGAGACGAUGAAGGACAUUUAUUACGAGCAGAUUGUGAUUUUCUGGAGUAUGAUUUAAAGACAUUCGAUGGUGCUCGAGAUUUCCCGGAAUGUCGAGAAGUUCCAGUUGACCUCAAUCAGUCCCCCUAUGUGAAACUGAUUGAAAGCUCUCGAACUUCGAAUCAUGAGGAAGUUCUAGCCGAGAUUCAGAAAAUAUUUGCUUCUGUUAAAUCGCAUUCAGCUGAGUUGGAAUUUCAAGCGCUAGCAAUGGCUCUUACGCGAGUGGCUGUGAAUAUACGUAAGGCUGUAAAUGUUAACAAGUCUACCCGAAGUCAGUUAGUUGCACAGUGUUGUGCAAUUCUGAACCAUCCAUGGUGUUCUUCUCGAGCCGCGUCCAUAAUAAGCAGGGUACCAGUGUGUCUUGGGCUGACUAGAAACUACCUCCAAGGACGAUACACUGAGGAGGUGCUAAAGGAGUGGGAGAGCUCGGCUCCGGAGUAG